CCAUCGUCUCUCGUCCUCCGAUGUUAUUCCUCUCGCCCGCCGUUCGUCAUGCGCAAGCAGCUACAACAGAUCGACGACGAGGGAGUGCUUCAUGCGAAAGAAAGCGAGGGGCCCCGCAAAGGUCUGGACCGCUGGCUCUUGCUCAUCCCUCUCACGCGUGCUGAUACACCGGCAUGUUCCUUUUGUCGUCUUCGGGUAACGCCAUGCAUCAACUGCGCCUGUGGUUUAGAUUUUUUUGCUCGUGACGGAGCGAAUGAUCCCCCUCCAUCCCCCGCCCCUUUGAAUCGCAAACGCUGCCCUUCUCGCGGGCAGGCAAUGCAGCGAGCCCGUUCUUCAAACUCGCAACCGCUUGUCUGCGCAGGAACUGCUAAUCAAACGAGUGCCAUCACGAGUCUGGGCGCAGUGCAUGGCAGAGGACGGUGCAAGAAGGCAAACGAACCUGGAGUAUCCCAAACGGCCGACAAGCCAACCCGGCGACAAACACAAGGACGAGGUGCGGCGUUGCCCACCUCCUCCUCGUCCUCCCCAUAGUUUCUAAUUUACCCCGCAAAAAGGAAGGGAAAAAAAAGAAAAAGAAAAAGAGACUGAUAAAGCCGCUGAAGAUAGAACGUGACAGCU